AGUAUUGCAUUUCUACAUUUUAUUAUUUUACACUUAUGUUAAAAAUUACUUCUCUAAAUAUUCGAAUUAUGUUUAUAUCCACUUGGUGAUACUAUUUUAUAAGACUUAAAAAUCUGUAUAUAGUAUUAAUAUCAGUUAAAAAAAUAUUUUUAGCUACCAUUUAAUUUAAGAUAAUUGCUAUGAAUAAAGCUACAUUAUUAUCAGGCGUAGAAAUAGUAAAUAAAGGUACAACAAAAAUAAAUACUUCAUUGCCUGAACAUGGAUUGAAAGAUGUUACAUCGAAUGGCUCGUGGCUAGAGCAGAAACAAGUACAGACUGCUUUAGAGGCAAGAAAACACUUAAUAGAAGUGGAAAGGAUUGAAAAAUGUGGUGUCCUAAGUCAUGCAGAGUGGCAAGAAGAUCUAAUGUUGGCAAAAGUAACCCAGCAUACUGGUGGACAUUGGCAAUAUUUAGGACAUCAUGUGGAUAAAUGCCUCUAUCUUAGACCUGAAGAGGCCUUAUUCCUCAUUGAAGUGAAUUGUUUGCUACUCAAACACAAUGGUGUUACAGUAUCAUUACAACAGGCAUAUUCACUGUUACUUCGUGAAAAAAUUACUAUUCUUCAAUAUAAAGUGUACGCUUAUCUAAGUAGAUUAGGCUAUAAAGUGUUCAGGCAUUCUAUAUUGUCAAAAUCAAAUGGCUUUGAACUAAACAAAGAUAACAUUGAAGACAAUACUAAAAACGAAAUAUCAGAACAUAUAGAGAGUAAUUCCAAAGAAAUUGAACAUGUUGCUAGUGAUCAGAGUAUUCAAUGUAAUGAAAUCAGUGAUACAACAAUUGUGAGCAAUAAAGCAGCAACUACUAGUAUUCCAGACUCAAAAAUAGACUGUGUAAUGGAUACAGAUAACAUAUCAACUGAUGGUAAUGAAAUUAGCAAAAGUAAUGAUAUAUUAAAAAGCAACAAAACCAUACAGCAAUGUUCACUAACAAAUUAUCAAUGUAAUUUACAGAAAUUAUCGAAAAGAAAAGUUCAUGGUCCACAUCAUAGGAAGGAUACACAUAAAUAUUAUGAAAACUUUCCUGAUUUCUUUAGUAAUGUGUCUGUUACAGUACAACUACCGAAACAAGAACAUUUGCCAAAUAAUAUUGUUUUUAAUAAGUCAGUAUACAAUCUUAAAAUGCAUAAUAUAAAUACCAAAGAUGUGAAUGAUGAUCAUCCACCAUCAGCUAAUUUAGAGGCUUACUCUCUAACAGAUGAAGAUACUGGAGCUAGAAGAACUGAAAAUGUAUCUACAAACAAUGCUCAAAAUCCGUCACAAGGUUUUCCUACAUACCCUCCAUUUCCAAGAAACACACAAUUUAAUCAACACCCCUGGAGACACCGUUUCCAUUUCAAUUAUUGUCAAUUUAAUCUUAUUUUGCAAAGACCAUUAUUUCAUCCUUCUUUUUCCCAACCAAGAUUUCUACUUUACCCUAGAUUUUCUCAUUUCAUGAAACCACCGCCAUAUGUACCACAUUGUAACACCAACCAAAUACAUAACACAAGGAAAAGAUUGAGAGACCGUAGUGGUUGCCGAGGUAAACAUUAUCAUUUAGAUAAUAUAAAAAGAUUGGCCUUGAGAAUGAAAUUACAUAAGCUUACAACAAACAUGAACGUACCAAGUAAUUUUAAUUGGCUCCAGAGAUUGGUGCUAAUGUACAAUGAAAGGUAUAAUGAAACAAUACGAAUCACUGAGGAUUUGGAUGUUGUUGAUGAUAUAUUGGAAACUAUUGAAUUAGAAGAUGAAGAAGACACAAGAAACAAACGAUUAAAACUAGAUAUAUGCAUUGGAUAUGACGAGAAUAUUUCUAAAGUAAAAGAAGUGGCAAAUAAAUUAAAAGAACUUGAAGCGAAAGGUAUGUCUUCAGCUAGACACAGAAGAGCUUUAUCUCAUGUCAUCAAAACAUUCAAUAAAUCAUACAAUGCCGAUAUAUAUAUGAAUGAGCAGUUUACUAUAAUUGACAAAAAACAUAUUACUCUUGAUUCAAGUUCAGAUUCCGACUGUGUUGUUAAUGAAAGUCCACCUCGUCGAAGCAAAAUGUUGCGAAACCCAUUUAAUGUGUUAAAACGGCUUUCAGAAACACAUGAAGCAAAUGCUAUUGCAGGUACUAGUAAACAAAUCGUCAACGAGAGUAAUAUAGAUGAAACAAUAGAGAAAGAAAAUAAAUAUAAUGAUUUUAUCACAAAGUCGUUUGAUAAAAACUGGUUACCAAAUGAAAAUGAUUUUGGUAGAGCAGAAAUACCUCCAAAGAGCAUGAUGAAUACUAGAAUUGUAAAUGCAAACAAGGACGAAUUUUUGUAUGAUUUUAUAAAAUAUCAAUCUUAUUUCGAUAACUGGUUAGAUAUAAAAAUUUCAUUUUAUAGAAGUAUGGAAGCAGCUGCUGGUAUUUUUCAGAAAAAUAUUGCAAAAUCAAAUUCCGUUAAAAUGGAUUCUAUAAUAAAAUCUGAAGAUUACUUAAAUAUGCCGUCUAUACUAAAGAAAUUGUGUAUAAUACCUAACAAUAAAGAAGUUAAUCAUGAAUCUACAUUAACUAUAGAUUUUGAUGUGUACAAUAGAGAUGUACAGAAUUUUAAGAAAACUAAUCCGCCAGUACCUCACUUUCGUGUAAUUUGCGUAAAUGAGUCAUCGACAUUACCAUCGGGAGUGGAUAUCAAUGCUCUAAGCUCUAAGUACCAGGAUGAAGUGCCCAUAGUUUUCGCUGUCGUCGGUGUUUCGUCAAUAUCAUAUAUACAAGUAAUGCCAAAUGAUUUACCUACCUAUAAUACGAGUAGUGAUUUUAUUUAGUUUUAUUUAUAUUUUAAUAUUUAUCUAUAAGCUUUUAAAGCUGUGUAUAUAUCAUUUUAUAAGACAUUGUGUAUUCAUAAUAUAAUAACACAAAUAUAAAUAUUCAUAAAAGUUGUUAGUUUAUUUUAUAUACUAUUGGUGACCUAUACCGGCUUCGCACGGAAUUUCAAUCGAUUUGCUCAGAAAUAGUCUGAUUAGUACUUUUUGAGAUUAUCCAUAACAGGAUGCGGCCGGUGAUUUUAUUUUAUAAUAUGCAUUAAUGGCCAAGUACAAAAUAACAAUUACAAAAUAGAUGCCACAAUUUGGAAUAAAAUCAAACAAUUUAGAUUGCCAUGCAAAUACAGAAAAAA